AUGUGUUCAGAACACAACACCAAAUCAUCACAAAGCGCACCCGCCAUCCUGCAAGCCCAGUCUACCACCCUGGCCUGUGACUCGCCGCCUCUCUUUCUUUCGCUCUCCAGCUGCAAGCCCACAUCUGCUCACGGCGAACUUCCCAAAGACCUGAAGACCUCGGACAGGGGUACUUCGCUCCCCGAGGAUCCCGUACCGUCCCGCUUGCAACCACAGGGCUUGGUCCAUGGGCCACAGGCAAUGGUCCACAAACCAUACCCAGACGACUGGAAGGCUAGGCGUGCUAGGGCAGAUCAAGGGAUCUUUGACAAGUGUCGACUGUCGUUAUCUUUGCGCCAAGCUGGCAUGGCCGCCCCCUGCAUCGCCUUUGGAUGA